ACGUAACACUAUAUCGCUUUUCCUGUGCGGCGGACACCGAAAUAUUCUGUUUAUUUUCUCAACUCGGUCGGACGGUUUCUAACAGGGAAUCUAUAUAAGAGGAUCUCUUUGCGAUUUGACCAAGAUACCGUGGGAGAAGAUACUGUAAACUUUAUAAGCUUUGAACAAAGCAAAAAUGGCAAACGAUCGUUGGUUUUAUGCCGCAUUGAUUGUUGUUACAAGUGCCCUCAUGAGAAGCGAAGCUAUAAUGAAGCCAAAGGGUGAAAAACUUGUAUGUCAAAGCUCAUUCACAAAGAGUGGCAAAUGUGAAACGAAACUUUCGUGUUAUAUGUACCUGACGAAUAGGAAUAAGGAUAAGCCCCACCUUGGUUGCGUUGACAAUGAUAAUUCACACCUAUUCAUGUGUAAUGCUGUUCCCACAAGCAAUUUUAUUGGCAAAUGCUGUAAUGAGGAUAUGUGCAAUGCCAAAUUGAACCUGACCUUCACUUUUACAGAGCCUACAACUAAAGUACACCCUACGGAGCAGAUGACAAAAGUGGUAUAUGUUGGUUAUGGUCGUACCGUGAUCAUCGCUAUAUGCAUCUCUGCACCAGUCUGCCUGAUUACUCUUGCUGUCAUGCUUUUUAUCUACCUAAGAGACAGACGUUUAUCUAUGCUUCACAAAAAUCUUAUCGAAAGUGAUUUAGAAGUUGGGGAGAACAAAAUGCCUGAAUCUAUCCAGGAAAUUAUUGAAUAUGAUCAAACAUAUUCAGGAAGCGGUUCAGGUCUUCCCUUGUUGAUCCAAAGGACAAUUGCGAGACAAGUCGUUUUGCACGAUUGCAUUGGAAAAGGACGGUACGGCGAAGUGUAUCGUGGAAAAUGGCGAGGCGAAGAUGUCGCCGUGAAAAUAUUCUCCACUCGAGACGAAUGCUCGUGGCGACGAGAGACGGAGAUCUACCAGACGGUCAUGUUGAGACACGAAAACAUCCUAGGAUUCAUCGCUGCCGACAACAAAGACAACGGUACAUGGACUCAGCUGUGGCUGGUGACAGAUUACCACAAAAAUGGUUCGCUUUGCGACUAUCUUACCAACGUGAAAGAACUGAAUGUCAACUCUAUGCUGAACAUGGCGAUUUCCGUUGCCUCAGGACUUACUCAUCUCCACAUGGAAGUUCGUGGAACUAAAGGAAAACCUGCCAUCGCCCACAGAGAUUUGAAGAGCCGUAAUAUCCUGGUGAAAAAUGACGGCUCGUGCUGUAUUGCCGACCUGGGUCUUGCAGUAUUUUACGAUGCUGGCAGCGACUCAUUUGACCUGCCUUCCGGCAGCCGUGUUGGAACGAAACGUUACAUGGCGCCAGAAAUUCUGGACGACACAGAACCCAAGACUUUCCACGAAUUCAAAAAGAUCGAUAUCUAUGCCAUGGGAUUGGUUCUUUGGGAGAUUGCAAGGCGAUGCGCCUUCUCAGGUAACCCGAGCGAGGAGUAUCAGCUGCCGUUCUACGAGAAAGUUCAGUCUGAUCCCAGCAUUGAAGAAAUGAAGGAGACUGUUUGUGUCGAGAAAUUCCGACCGGAGACUCCGAAGACAUGGGAACAAAAUCCGGUCAUGAAGGGGAUUGGCAAGGUUAUGAAAGAAUGUUGGUAUGAAUGCAAUGCCGCCCGACUUCCAGCUCUGCGAGUGAAGAAAACUCUGAUCAAUCUGAGAUCCAACGACCCAGUGGAUGUAUAAAAUGAGACGGAGGAAGCCGUCGCUUGAGCGAAAGGGGAUAUAUGUCGACAUUAUACUUCGCCGUCUUUUAAAGUGAACUUGAUGAAGAUUUAAGCGCGUGGCUGUGUUUCAAGAAUGGUGGUAUUUUUGAAGAGAGAGAGAAUUUCUGAACAAAACAAUGCAAAUACUAUUGACCAAGUCAUAUUAACCAUACCCAAUGCCAUAUAGGAAGUAGUUUUAACAGUGGCGUAGAUUUAGGAGAGCUAACUCAGCCAAAACUGGGCAACCAAGGUUGCUAAUGAAAUACAUGAUCCCGAGAUGUAUGAUAGAAAUCGUACAUGGAUAUAGGCGAAGCCUUAAAACUUUCCCCCCUAUCCUAAUAUUUACGCCACUGAGUUUUCAGGGCACCUAGUAGCUACUAGUAGCAAUUUUCGCUUGUAUUUACUGCAUUUAAGAAGCUAAAUGUAUAGUUGCACCCGCCCCUGUUAGAAACCAAUAGAGAGAGAGAGAGGUGUUCAAGUGUAUAUAUUAUAUAUAGGUAUUUUUUGAACGUUACAUAUAUAAAUUAGCUGUUAUGUGUACGGGAAAAGGGGAAGUCGCGCCUGAAUGUCUUUAAAAAAUGAUACCCAGUCGUAAUGUGAACAAACGCCUUGUUUAAAUUUUGGACUAUUAAAGCUUCUUAAAAUACGAAAAAGGUGGUUUCAAACAAGUCUUUUUGCAAGGGUUUCAUAUAUACCACUACUGUACGUCAUUCGUUUUUAGCCAUUUUUGACCAUUUCAGCAUUGAAAAUCACCUUUAUUGCUUUAAUAGGCUUUUUACGCACUGGGCUUACUCACAGCUACGAAGACCAAGUCCAAGGUUACCAAAGGUCAAAAGGCAAAUUUUUAAGACGUGAGCGCUUCCUAAUAUUCAUUGCCGUACUGCUAGUAUAUAAUAGUAUUUUGUUUCUUAAUGUCUCUGGAAGUAGUUAUAUUUUUCUGUUUCGAAUUUAUG